UGACCAGCUGUUGCCAACUAAACAAAUUUGGAAUGCCAAACGAUUGCAUGGCGCUGCUAACUGUUAGCAGUGUUACGGCAGAUGCGUUUAAACAGAGACGGUCACACCGUCGUUUUGCCGUCGUCCUCUUUGCUGAGCCAUUCGCCGAUGCAACAUUCGUGAAAUUUGCUAAAAUUGUUACUUUUAACACUUGGACACUUGCCGCAGCUGCUGCAAACCUAAGCCGCGCAAAUAAUAUACGUGGUGCUCGAGGCGCGACGCGUGUGUCUGUCUGCCUGCCCUAAAAGGCGGCUAACUCUCAACACCAUUUUUGGGGGCGUGUUCGCAGCGACAAAAAUGGAAAACGCAUGCUUUGUGCUCAGAUAAAAGGCCCAGCUGUGCGUCGGUCUCGCUCAACAACUUGCAACAAAUUGUGCGUCUUGACUCGCAAACCAAAAAACCAACAACAACAACAUAGCCAGCGACCGCAGACUUGCCACAACCAGGACAAAGGCGGUGGCUAACUGACAACAACAAACCCAACACGACACAAAUACAAACGCAAAAAACAAACACAAACACAACCAAAAACAAAAAAAAAACCCCAACAACAACAACAUGCACCCACUGCAAAGUAGUUAAAUAAUUCUGCCCUGUCUGCGCUUUAUUUCCUCUUCAUUAUUCUUGUACUCGUUUUAAUUUCAACAAGUUUUCUUUCUGUUCUCUCUCUCACACACUCAUACUCUCUCUCUCGCUUUCCCCACAUCAUUUUUAAACCAAUUCGACGCGCAGUUCUUUUUUCGUUACUACACAACAACAACAUACACAAACAACACAUACAUUUACACUUUACUCACACACACACACGGAACACAUACAGUGACAGUUGAUUGCUGUGACGCAGCAGCCGCCACCAAAAAGCACCUGCAAAAAAAAUUUCAAAAAAAAAAGAAAAAAAGCGGCACGAGACCAGCGACCGGCUCCCAUUGCAGCUGUCAAUAAAGAAGAAGCUGCCAUAAAAGAAGAAGAAGAACAACAACAAACACACACUUGUUGCGAACGCAGCAAAAGGAAGUGUCAGAGGAGCAGUGAGCGAAAGAGACAAAGGAAUAGGCAGGCUGACAGACAGCAGCUGUCCCUCAGUGUAUAAAGUGCCUAAGCAGUUGGCAAUUAACGUUCAUUUUGCCGCAGUACUUACAACAACAAAACAACUCAAAGAUGGUCAAGGAGAAGCCAAACUCAACACGCAUCUACGAUAAGGAUGGCUUCCGGCGACGUGCCGCCUGCAUUUGCGUGCGCGCCGAGAACGAACAGGAGGUGCUCCUGGUGACCUCGUCACGCCGUCCCGAAUUGUGGAUUGUGCCCGGCGGCGGUGUCGAACCCGAAGAGGAGCCUUCGGUGACCGCUGUGCGUGAGGUGCUCGAGGAGGCGGGCGUUGUUGGCAGCCUGGGUCGCUGCUUGGGUGUCUUUGAGAAUAACGAUCACAUGCAUCGCACUGAGGUGUUUGUCAUGAAUGUGACCCAGGAGCUCGAUGAAUGGGAGGAUUCGCGCAGCAUUGGACGCAAACGGCAAUGGUUCACCAUUGAUGAUGCCUUGUCGCAGCUGGCGCUGCAUAAACCCACCCAGCAGCACUAUCUGAUGCAGCUGCAACACUCGAAGACGCUGGAGAAUGCCAAUACGCCCGGUCGGGUGGUUAAUGCCACGCAUCCGCCCAUAUUGGCCAAUUCUGCCUCGGCGGCUGCAUCGCCCACAACGGCAUAAAGACAAAUACUUCGGAAGGAAUAUAAUCACCUACACACUCACACUCUCAUACACACACACAUACACUACACCACACACGCACACACACCUAUCUUCCACACCCACAUUAUGACAUUUUUGAAAUUUACAAUUAGACAGGCAGUUAAUUCAUAUUUUCGGUAUGUUUAAAUCAUUUACCCUGCACCCGGUCUCCAUUGCACUGACUUAGCAGUCCGCAUCCUUUUCGAGUUUAGUUUAAGUCGAACGCUUCAUUUAUGUUUUUAGAAAUUGUAUUGAGAAUCAGAGAUGUAUGUACUUUAAAUAUUAAAAACAAAAAAAGAAA